CAGCAGCAGCUUUAACCUUUUCUACACUGUCAGAGAGAAUGGCCAGGCUGCUGUUUAUACAGCUUGCAGCUGGUAUCUUCACCUUGAGUCUUCAGAUGACUUCAGCAGACAUUGUAUCUGUUCAUCCUGGAGCAAACGUCACACUGUCCUGCAGCAUCACUAAUUAUUCUGACAUAAUUUGGUAUCAAGUUACAUCUGUGGAGCUGAAACAGGUCAUAAGUGCGAAGAGAGGGAGACUGGACAACCACUUCUCUCUUAGCUACACUGUCGAUGACGGUCAUUUUGAUGUAACUGGAAACAGCAGUUUAGUGAUUACUGGAGUUAAAGAGACAAAUUUGGGAUCUUAUUACUGUGGAGCUCAAAACAAGUCACGUGUUCAACUUGGGAAACAAAUCAUACUGAAAUUUACAGACAAAGCACACAAUGAAAGUGUUUCCUCAUCUGCAUAUAUGGAUCAUUGCAAAAUUCUAAAUAUAAUCCUAACGUGUGUGUGCUUCAUCUCCUUCCUAAUUAACAUCAUCUGCAUUUGUGUGUUCAGUUCCCGAGUGCAAGGAAAGUCACGAUCAUCACUCACAUGCUGCAGUGACACCAACACCAAUUAUUCAGCUGAAAAGGAAAUGAAUCUGCGCUAUGACACUUUUAUACACCAAAGAGAACCUGCUGAAAAGAACACGUCAGAUUUGGGCGACGUGAUAUACGCAGGAAUCAGACAUCUACCAGCCUGAUGUGACAUAAACCUGAAUAUAGAUCUGUAUUCAUCUGAAAAGGUGUUGAAUCCUAACAUGGUUAACAAUGUAAACUCCAUAAUAUUGUUAUUUAUAUUAUUUAUAUUCUCAUUAAUAUGGAUCAACACAUUGUAAAAAGCCAUUUAAUUUAUGUCCUGAAGUUACAUGUAUGAACUGUACAGUAUGUCUCCCUGUAAUUUUAACCUUGCUUGCUUCUGAUAAA